AUGAAUUACACUCGAGGUCUGGUAAGAGUCGCCAUAGAGAGCACACCUUCCAGCCCUGCUGAAACAUGUAGUCACCAGCCGGAGGCGAGUGAGCAUGUAAACCUACUGAUUCUGACAAGGUUGACUCGCCGUUGGGAUUAUGCGGAACCUCCUCCCUGCGAUAAGGACAAGGGUUGUUCGUUCGCGAAAAUGUUUACACCCCGUGCAACAAGCACAAAGGGCAGAUUCGUACAGAAUAGCCAAGUGUCGCAGAAUGAGGACCAGAAGAGCCAGCAGAAAAGGCAGAGGCUCAUAAUGAGAAUACUCAGCACAAACACAAUAAAGCGACAACACGUGGUAUCGGUGUAUGAGGGCCAAGAAACAUAA